CUUCGCUCUCCCUCUUCCCUUUCAAUCCACACCCCCCCAAACAUCCUCCACGCAUUCUGGUCUACACCCCCCUGAACGGACAAUCGCUCUACGGACAUUGUCUAGACUGUUGCUUUCUUUCUUCUAUAUUUACUGCCUUUAUUAAUUUGGAGCGUCCAUCCUCUAUUCCUCGUUGCCAGCCAUGGCAAGCCCAACUACUGGCUUCUCGAUAAACGUCAACGAUCCCAGCUUGAUCUCGCUGGUGAACAAGCUGCAGGAUGUCUUUGCGACGGUUGGAGUUCAGAACCCCAUCGAUCUGCCUCAGAUUGCCGUCGUCGGUUCGCAGUCCAGUGGAAAGAGUUCCGUUCUAGAGAACAUUGUUGGCCGGGAUUUCCUGCCUCGUGGUUCUGGAAUUGUCACUCGGAGACCCCUCGUACUGCAACUUAUCAACAGGCCCGCUGGUUCGCAAACAAACGGUGUGAAGGAGGAGGCCCUGGAGACGACGGAUAAGGAGGCCAACAUUGACGAGUACGGCGAGUUUCUUCACAUCCCCGGCCAGAAGUUCUACGAUUUCAACAAGAUCCGCGAGGAAAUUGUGCGCGAAACCGAGUCCAAGGUCGGUCGCAAUGCCGGUAUCUCGCCCGCUCCUAUCAACCUGCGAAUCUACUCGCCUAAUGUCUUGACCCUCACACUCGUCGACUUGCCCGGUUUGACCAAGGUCCCCGUGGGUGAUCAGCCCAAGGAUAUCGAGCGUCAGAUCCGUGACAUGGUUUUGAAGUACAUCAGCAAGCCGAACGCUAUCAUCCUGGCCGUCACGUCCGCCAACCAGGAUCUGGCCAACUCGGAUGGUCUGAAGCUGGCGCGGGAGGUCGACCCGGAGGGUCAACGCACCAUCGGUGUGUUGACCAAGGUUGAUUUGAUGGAUGAGGGUACCGAUGUUGUGGAUAUUCUUGCGGGCAGGAUUAUCCCUCUGCGUCUGGGUUAUGUUCCGGUCGUCAACCGUGGUCAGCGUGAUAUUGAGAACAAGCGGCCUAUCGCAUACGCCCUGGAGCACGAGAAGAACUUCUUCGAGGGUCACAAGGCUUAUCGCAACAAGUCAUCGUACUGCGGAACUCCUUAUCUCGCCAGGAAACUGAACUUGAUCCUUAUGAUGCACAUUAAGCAAACCCUUCCCGAUAUCAAAGCGCGCAUUUCGUCCUCCCUUCAGAAGUACUCCUCGGAACUGUCACAGCUCGGUGACUCGAUGCUCGGAAACAGUGCUAAUAUCGUCCUCAACAUCAUCACGGAGUUCAGCAACGAGUACCGCACAGUGUUGGAGGGAAGCAACCAGGAGUUGUCCAGUAUCGAGCUGUCCGGCGGUGCUCGUAUCAGCUUCGUGUUCCAUGAGCUCUACUCCAACGGUAUCAAGGCCGUCGACCCAUUCGACCACGUGAAGGACAUUGAUAUUCGCACCAUCCUCUACAACUCCUCUGGUCCUUCACCAGCACUGUUUGUGGGCACCACUGCUUUCGAAUUGAUCGUGAAGCAGCAGAUCAAGCGCCUGGAGGACCCCAGCUUGAAGUGUAUCUCGUUGGUCUACGACGAACUUGUCCGCAUCCUGGGUCAGCUCCUGAACAAGUCGCUGUUCCGGCGCUACCCCAUGCUGAAGGAGAAAUUCCACGCGGUUGUUAUUGGCUUCUUCAAGAAGUCCAUGGAGCCGACCAACAAGCUUGUGCGUGACCUGGUCAACAUGGAGGCGUGCUACAUCAACACGGGUCACCCUGAUUUCCUGAACGGACACCGCGCCAUGACUAUCGUCAACGAGCGUCAAACCGCAGGCAAGCCGACUCAAGUGGACCCGAAGACUGGCAAGCCUCUGCCCCCGCGGGCGAACAGCCCGUCGGUUGAGGUUCCUGUGGACAACACCAACUCCGGUGGGUUCUUCGGCAGCUUCUGGGCUUCGAAGAACAAGAAGAAGAUGGCUGCCAUGGAGCCGCCACCGCCAACCCUGAAGGCGUCUGCCUCGUUGUCGGAGCGAGAGAGCGUGGAGGUUGAGGUCGUCAAGCUCCUGAUCACUUCGUACUUUAACAUUGUGAAGCGGACCAUGAUUGAUAUGGUGCCCAAGGCCAUCAUGUACACUCUCGUCCAGUUCACCAAGGAUGAGAUGCAGCGCGAGCUUCUCGAGAAUAUGUACCGCAACAGCGAGCUGGACGACCUGCUGAAGGAAAGCGACUACACGGUCCGCCGGCGGAAAGAGUGCCAGCAGAUGGUGGAGAGCCUUUCCCGGGCCAGCGAGAUCGUCAGCCAGGUUCAAUAAGGGACGGCGUUGUUGGAUGGUUAGUUUUGAUCUAUACACCCGGUUGCGUUCCCGUUCAGUGAUAUCAUGCUGGGGCCUAUGUUAUGGGGGUUCUGUCUCGGAGGAGUUUAUGCCUUAUGUUUAUACUUUCUUCUGAUGCCAGGGUUCCACGGCCGCAUGUGGUAAGACUGGACGACAGGUUUGACCAAGAUUUUCACGAAUUUGUAUCGCCUAAUGAUUGUGGAUGAUUGUGGUUUUUUCCCCUUUUAGAAUUCAGACGGUUGCAGUUUAGCAGUCAGUGCCAUGAUGUAUAGUAGUGCUGUGCGGCGAUGCUUUAGUACAAUAAAUAUAGAGUAGUCAUGAAACAAGC